AUGGCCACGUCAGCUACUGAAAAUACUUUGGAGACGACAAAGGACACAGCUCUACCAUCUGAGGCAUCUACUGAGCAAAUGGAAGCCACAGAUUUUGACAUGAAUGGUGAGCUACUACAGUCAGCAUUUGGUGAUGGUGAAGUACAUUGUGGCUUGCAGUCUAGACGUCAAAGAAAGGAACGAGAUUUACACAAGAUGGCCUAUGAAUGCUGUGAUACAGAUAUCCUUAAUAGUGAUACUGAUGAAUUGUCAAAGAGAAUUGACAAUCUCUCACAAAUGAGAUCUCUACCAAUUGAAGGUAAUUUGUACCCCAAUAAUUUCAUGAAUGAUGGAAGUCAAACGAAAUCUUCGACUAUUGAUGCCUUAGAUCUGAGGAUCGAUAUGGUGUGGAAAAGGCCCGGUACACAGAUGAACUCACAAAAUAGACCAUUGCUGAAGCCAAUGAAAAUCAAGACAGAACAUGCGACAUCUACAAAUAUUGAGACUGCGUCAUUGUCAGAAGCUGGGGCAACACCAAAAAGAACCCACAUGAAUGUGCAUGAAAUGAUACAUGACGUUAAAGGAAGAGAGCAGACUUGUGAAGAGGAAAAGUUCUUUUCACCCUCAGCAUUGCCAAUAGGAGCUAAUGAUUGUCCGACAGAAAUUUCGAAGCCAAGACUCGAAAGACAAGAUGCUUUCUAUCAGCUGCAAAUGCCACAACCGAACUACUAUGAUGUAUUAUAUGCUCCAAUAGUGGAACUAGAAGAUACAAAGUAUGAUUCUUCAGUGCUGCUUGGUGAUGGCUUUGAGCGACAGGCAGUCUACCCGAAGUCACAGAGACAACAGUCAUCACUAUUCCAGGAUGAUAAAACAGAAACUAAAGACAGAAUUGUCCCACAAAAGUUUUCCCAAUUGGUGCAUAUUCCUUAUGUUUCAUCACCCUACAAUUGCAUGCAAUGGGGAGAUUCAGACCUUGAUGACACAGGAUUGAUGACAGCCCAAGAAUAUGUGCUGGACCAGGGUUAUCGAAUGCCAUUGCUGAAACAACUUGGGAAUGAUGACCGAAGUCACAGUGCCGAUCUGUAUAGACAACAGAGUGAGAGACCACUAUCGAACAAACAUAUCAAUGUGAGAAGACCAGCUCGCAAAGCAUGCCCUGGUGAAAAGCUACCAACUUAUUCUGCUAUUGAAGUGGGAGCUGAUGAAAGAGUAUUUAUUGAAGCCCAAGCCCAAACAGAUUUCGAUAUGGAAACCUGUGUGUCAUUUGUCGAGCCUAAGACAUUGAAUGGGGUUUCGUGUGUACCUCUCCAAUGUGAAGCAUUCACAAGAGGCCACAAGAAGAGAAUUGUGACUGAACAUGAUACACCAUUUAAAGUAGCAGCUGUGAACGAACCAGCUAAUUCUCUGAACAAGGAGCAAAUUCAAAAUGUGAUGAAUGAUUUCAAAGCAGAAACGCAAAGGUUGGUCACGUCGCAAAUGGAGAAGCUAGGCAAGAAGUUGAUGCAAAAACUGACAACAAAGACAGAGAAGAACCCUAAGAAGAAGAAUAGGCGAGUGUAUUGCAAACUUUGUGACUGCAGGGAACACUCCAUCUUUGAUUGUAAGUCCAGGCACCCUAAUUCGAAGAAGCAUGGAUCAAAGGCUUGCUUCCGAUGCGGUGAAGACAAUCACGGUGUGAUGGACUGCCCCAAGGGCAGCCCCGAGCCCAAGGGCUCGGGAAACUAGAUGAUGCUGAUUCAGUGGGUCCAGAAUCAGCCGAGACCUCUGUUGGACUCACUAAAAUUGAUGGCACAACCCGCAAAGGUCUUGCUGUGCAUUUUAAUAUUUGGAAGUUCCUGAUACCAGCUAUUGUUGAUAGUGAAUCUGAUGUGUAUAAUAUUCCCACAAAGGCGAGAUGGAUGAAUAUAUCAACAAAGGCCAUGUCUCAAACAUAGAGAUGACUGAUGGAAGACCUGUUGAAGUGCAUUGCAUUGUGAAGUGUGAGUUUGGAAUUAAAGAUGCAAAAGUGAAACUUGAUUGAUGGCUACAAAUGUGUAAUUUGCGAAAAAAGACAUUACAUUUAAGAAGCUGAAUUUACAGUUGUGAUGGAUACACUGAUGGAGACUUGACAUUCAUCCGGUUGGUUGAAUAAAUGAAAUGGACUUAUUACCCAUGUGUGAAUGAAUAAAGACUAAUUGUGAGGAGUGCAUGUGAAAACUAAUUGUUUGUAAUUGAAACUAUUCAUCAUUGUUUUCUUCAACUGGAAAUAGUAGAUAUGACACAGUAUUCAGAACCGGCCGGACUGAAAACAUGUCUACUUGAACAAUCAUGCAUUAUUUUGUUGUAGCAAAAUAUUUUGAAUAAUAUUUAGAAUCUGUCUGUAACACUAGCUAUUUUAAUGACAUAUAGAG